AUCACUUCCUGUACUCAUGCAGUAUAAAAAGACGCAUGUUGGUGGAUUGAUUUCUUCAGAUAAGUGAAGUGUCUGUUGUGUGCGGGUGGCUGAAUAGGCAGGUGAUGUGCGAAAGAUGUGGAAUAAAUCAACUUUCGUGCUGGGUGUCUUGUUGGGCGUGUGCCAGUGCUGGGAUCGUGUGCACCUCAAUCGUAUCAAUUUUUCACCAAUGUAUGUGGGUGAGUGCGGGGAGAUUUAUGUGACGGACAAAGUUGUAAUUGAAUCUCCGGGCUACCCGACAAAGUAUCCGCCCAAUACUCACUGUGAGUAUAUCAUGUGGUCGCCAUGCCCAACGAAUUUCCACAUACAAUUCAAUGAAUUUGACAUGGAGGCAUCCCACCUGUGCCACAAGGAUCAAUUGAGGAUAUCACGAGAUGGUGAGGAUAUUCAUCUGUGUGGCCGUGUCGUCGGUGCUACAACCUACAGAUCCGUUGAAGGUGUCAUGAAAUUGAAUUUUAUCACUGACAAUGCCAUUGAGUACAUGGGUUUUCGUCUCUUAAUCACACGAGACUCCUGCCAUAGUGGGAGUGUCAAUGGGACCAUUGGAGGUGGCAAUUUUGCUGCUGCUGCUGCUACACUAUCGCCGCCACCAAACACCGCAUGGAAUUCCUUGAGAAAUGGCCAAGAAGGUGGUGAGAGGGCCAUCACCAUUCAAUAUGAGGACAAUGGAAAGGAUGUUACCGAUGUGAAGUUGUUCAUCAAUACGGAGUGGAAUCAUGAAAACGACCCAGUGCACGUGGAAGCUCCCCACAAGGGAUAUGAAAGGGCAUCGCAUGUGCAAUGCAAUGCCCAUGGUGGUGGCCAUCCAUCCAACAGUGCAUGGAAUUUUCCACAGGAAACAUCCGUUGUCCCCAUUGGAGGCACUAAAUUUAUAGUUCAAAAUGCAAGUAGUUCAGCACAGCGGCAGGAUGAUUCCUCAUCUCAUCUUCCGCAACUCUACCCACAGCCUUACCCACCAUCGCAACUCUACCCACAACCCUUUCCACCCCCUGUACUGUAUCCACCCAACUGCUGUCGCUCCAGCCCCCUCAAUCGACCUCGAUUCCUCAUCUCGUCGCCCAACUUUCCACAGAAGAACAUCAACAACAUCGAUUGUACCUACGUCAUUGAGAGGCUCGUGACAUCGUGUCGCCUGCGAAUCAUCUUCAGGUACUUCCUGCUGCCGGAUGUUGAUCAAAAUUUCUGCAUCAACACCUUCGUGGAGAUCGACGGGAGGAGAUUCUGCGGAUGCCGCUCGGGGGUGCUCUACCUCAGUCAGUGGGGUCUCGAAAAUAGGAAGCUGAUACGCUUCCGUCAUUCCCAAAUUCCCAUUCCCACCUCAAUCGUCGAAGGGUUCGUAAUGGAGGUCAUCCAGGAGGAAUGCCCCUACCGACUCCUUCGCAGUACCCCCAAAAAUGACACCCAUCCCCAUGGAAGACUCGACUUUAGGCCCAUUGGAAGCUCACCAAAUACACCACCCCCAACGCCGCCGAGCUCACAGCAUGGAGAAAGUUUCCCAAACAGAGACACUGAGGAAAAGGAUGAAAAUACGGAUUAUGAGCCCUCCAUGAAGUUCUUCUUCCCAAAUACCGCCAAUCGAUGCUACUUCGGGUGGCUUCAGUGGUUUCAACUCACUGUUAAUCCACUCUGGAUCACAAGACCCCAAUGUAGACUUUGAGGAAGGAAUAAUGUUUUAAUUAGAUUGUGUACAGAUGGGUGUGAGAAAAGUUAUCUCACUUAAGUUCAGCCAAAAAAUUAUUUUUUAUUCAAAAUAAAUUUUAAAC